ACUAAAUUUUCAGACUCGGACCUUUCAUCAUAACAUCAACCACCAAUAUCAGAAUGACAGUGGAACAAAGUGAGAGGAUAUUCGUCCUCCCCGGCGAUCAAAUAGAUCCGUCCUUAAUACCAUCUCACCCAAAGAAGCCACUAAGGCUCGGACCCGGCCUUCGACACAUCCCUCCAAACGAGUUAGUCCCUACAGUCGCCGGUCAACUCGUCACAGAUUAUAGGAAGAACUCAACAUGGGUUGAGUAUAACGGAGGACGAUAUAUACCAACUGUCGGUGACCUAGUCAUCGGAUCUGUUCACCACUCAGCAACUGACUACUUCUACGUCAUGUUAUCUGGGUACACUUCCAAUGCCAUACUACCCCAGCUGGCAUUCGAAAUGGCCACGAAGAAGACGCGACCCAAUUUGAACGCUGGAGCUUUAGUCUAUGCGAGGGUCUGCCUAGCCAACCGCCACAUGGACCCCGAGCUCGAAUGCGUUUCGCCAAGCACAGGCAAAGCAGACGGCCUGGGCCCCCUCAACGGCGGAAUGCUAUUUGACAUCUCGUUAGGAAUGGCCAGGCGGCUUUUGAUGCGAAAGUCCGUCGAAGAGGGCAAAGUCGUUGUGCUAGAGGAGCUCGGGGCUGCGGGUCUCGCGUUUGAAACUGCUGUGGGUAGGAACGGAAAGAUAUGGGUAAAUAGUGAGAAAGUCAAGACUGUGUUGGCUGUUGGACGAGCGGUAAAGGAGACGGAUGAGAAGAAUCUCGGCGUUGAACAGCAGAAGAAGUUGGUACGGAAGCUAGUCAAGGAAAUGAGUUGAGGAAAUUUGAGAGAACCUAACCUAACUUACGAUUAUUUUCUUGAUAUUUCAAUGAUACCCAUACGUUUUCGGUCGGAAUCUAUCUGUGCGUCACCAUUUUCUCGUGGGAUCUGGGUGCUCUGAAUUGAAUUUAGGUAGGAUUGAUGCUGUAAUAGCAUCAAGCAUUUUUAUGGGAACCAUAUCACGUUUAACAUAGUCCUUAUGAGUCAAACAU